AUGCUGGCCGACGGAUUCGACGAUAUCAUGCCGCUGUGGCUGCCGCCUUCGCCGCCCGACUCGGACGCCGACUUUGAUUUGCGAAUGGAGGACGACGCGUUCGAUCUGCUCUACGAGAUCGAUCCGAUGAGCGAGGCGCGCCUCCCGUCGCACAUUCACGAGCUGCGGAGACCUCUGGCCGAGAAGCAGAAGCAGCCGACGAUCAGCGGUACGGGAACGGGCGGGAAACUUGACAUUUGGAGGGUUUCUGUUAGCCAAACUAGUCUAGACAGAGGGAGAUCUCAAAGGAUUGUUAGAAAACGAAGAGCGAUGUAAACAUGGGUCAAAAUUAGAGCUAGAAGUCUAAUUCUGGCGUUUUCUGAAAGAAAACCUCUAGAUUUUAGGCUGAUCAAACAUUUUGGUGUACGAAGGAUAAACAGACAGUUGAAAAACAGAGUUUAAAGCUGAAAUUAUAUAGUUUUGAAGUAAGCUUCCUAAUUUUAAUGAUAUCGGACUCACUUCGUUGUUCACACAGGCCUGAAGGCGUAAUUUUUGAAGAAACUGUAGAAAAUCGCCUUUAUAGCAGAAGAAAAAUUACUAACGUUUCAGAGAUUCGCUCGCCGACGAAGGAAAAAGAGGCGAUGAGUGCGUUCGACGCGCUCGCGAAGAGCAUCCAACUGCCGUCCUCCGGAGCCGUGUCCGCGUCGCCCGCCUACACGGAAAACUCGUUUUCGAUGGACGACAGCAGUCAGGACGCGCGUAUCGACGUCAACGAACACCUUCAGAUGCACCAGCAUCAGACGCCCGUUCUGCAGGCGCCGAAACCGCCGAAACGGCGGCGAACCGACAAUCGACAGGUGAGAGAAUGUUGUAUCAUUUCGAGAGAGAAAUUGUGUCAGUCAUUCCCUGAUUUCUCCGUUUUUAAAGACAAGUUCAGCACUGAGGCACUCAUUUUAAGUACAGAAACGGCCCAUAGAAUGCGAACAUUGUGAAUUGCCGGCCCUGGAUUUUUGAAGAACUUUUGUUUGGUCCAUUUGCAAUAAUCUGAUCGGGCCCAAACUUUGCAGGCUUUUUGCAAUUGGAUUCAAGUAUUUUGGGUCCAUAAGUCUCAGACCGAUCCUGUUUUUUUUUCCCGAGAUAUCCUAUAUCCUAUAUUCGGUCUGAAACGUGCCCAUGAAGAAGCCUGCAAAAGUUUGGGCUCGAUCGGAGAAGCAAGAAAGGAAUACUAACUCUCUUACACACACACAUACGCACCCAAUCGAUCCCAUGUUUUAGAUUGGCCAAUUUCUGAUAAAAAGCUACACAGCCUCUCAGUUGAACGAAAUUGGCCCUAAAUUAAACCAGAAGCAGAGCCAGAUCGGUGUAAGUUUUUGAGCACGAUUCAUUCCUACGCACAAUUCGUUGUUGUCUCAUCAUUAUGAUGGUGGUGGUGAUUGUGCUUGUGCUAUUGUCGAGAUCUAUAUUGUCGCAUCGAAAAUGCGCCUUAUCGCAUACGUUUAGGCCAAAAACACGAAUUUGUCAGACUUUUAAAGGAACACUGGCCUAAAAUUCCACUGCGAUAAAGCGUAUUUGCCCAAAAAAAUUGCUCGAGAUCUCUGAAAAAAGAUAUUGUUGUAUCGUUGCAGACGCCGAACCACCGUAACCAGGAAGUGGGCGUGAAGAGAGCGACGACGCCGCCGUCGCCGUUCCGCGAAGAGCCCGACUACGACGGCGCCGAGUGGAACAUUGUGGAGGACUACGCUCUGCUGCAGGCCGUCCAGCUCGAGUUUGCCAACUCGCAUUUGGUGGAGAAGAGUCAGCACGAGGGGAUGGUGCUCAAUUGGGAGCUCGUCGCCGGCGCCGUCAACAAACAGACGCGGUUCUACCGAUCGGCGCGCCAGUGCUCGAUCCGCUACCAGAUGUUUGUGCGGCCGAAGGAACUCGGACAGCUCGUCGCGUCGGAUCCGAUCACGAAACGGACGAUGAAGGUGGACUUGUCGACGACGGAACUGUCGCAUCUGCGCAGGGGACGCAUGACCACCGACAGUCAGUAUCAGCACGAUUACGGCGUGAUGACCGACAAGAAGCACAUCAGUCGGUUCCGGAUGGUACGCACGUGCUCGCAGAAGAGACAAGUGCAGUUUUGGAGGGGUCCUCGAGGUGAGACCGGCGGAAAACUAGUCAUUUGGGGCUGUUUUAGGUCAAAAAGAGAAAGAGUUUUUGAAGAAUAUCUGUAAGAUCUGACUCCUCAAGACUAAAGUUAGGAUUAGAUUGGAUAUAAUUGAUAAUAGUGGAAAAGUGUAAAAUGACCGUCGGUUUUCGAUAUAACAUGUUUCUGAAAAGGUCGACUUGCAGCAGUGGAGACGCGCAAUCUGCAGUCGUUGACGGGCGGAAUGCCGCCGAGACACGAGGCGAAAAUGGAGGAGUUCGAGGUGCGGCUCGGCGUCGUUUUGGACGCAGAAGACGUCGUCACCAUGUCCGAGGAGGAGAUCGCCGUCGUGGAGGCCGGAAAGAGGAAGAUGAUGAUGACCACGAAGAAUCCGAGACCCGUACGUUUUUUUCGUCGAUUUUCUGAGCCAGUUGUGGAGAUUUUCAAAAAACAUAUCAAACUUAAAUGCCAUGCUUUACAACUUUUCAAUUAUUGCAGUGUCCACGCAACGAAGCGCGCUACCACACGCUCGUGCUCCGUCCCUACACGGUUCCGCUGUCGAACGAGUACGAGCCGAUGCCCGCUCGCAGAGAUAUGCGCAUUCCGGUGCCACCACUCCAGCCUGCGCCGAUUCCGAUGGCCCUCCAACAGCAGCAGCAGCAACAGCAGCAGCAACAGCAAGCACAACAGCAACAGGCGGCCGCCCAGCAAAUGGCUCAACCGCCACAAAACCAGCACAUUUCACAGCAAUUGCGAGGCGCCACACCGACGCCCACGCAGGCUUCGCAACUCCAGCAACACCUUCAGCAACAACAGCAACAGCAGCAGCAGCAGCAGCAGCAACAUCAGCAACAACAUCAGCAACAACUUCCGUCGCUUCAAUCGCAUCAAAUGCAGCAACAUCAGCAACAUCAACAGCAAAUGAGCCAACCGUCGACGCAUCAGCAACAACAGGCCCCGCCCACUUCGCAACAACCGAUGCCGAUCCGACAGGUCGGAAUGGGCCAAAACCCAUCGGACAACGGGGGACCACAACAGCAGCCGAUGGGCGCACACGCCCACACUGUCGUCUCGUCGACCACUUCCGGACUUCAGCCGAUCCAACGACGCACCGCUUCCGGAUCGAAUGUGCAAUAUCUGGGACAGGGACAGAUGCAGCCGCAGGGACAGAGCUACGUGGUCAUGCCGACGGGCGGGAACGCCGGAGGGCAGGGCGGAGAAGGCGGACAGCCGCAGAGAGUGCAGUACGUGCAGCAGGGCGGACGGGGAGGAUACAAUAGUACGCUGGUGAUGAGGGGAGCCGGAGGACGAGUUGUCAGGGUAGGUUUCGAAACUUUGGGUUGUUUUGUCCUGUUUUGGCGCAAUCUAUUGUCCAGGGCUGUAUAUUGUACUUUUGAGCCACUUGGAACUAUCCCUAACUUUGCAACAUUCGUUUUGGUUUGUAGUGUCUGCAUUGACAGUUUUAGUCCAAAAAGAUCAGGUGAUCUGGAAUCUGAAAACGCUCGGUUUCAACUCAAUAUAUCUCCAGAUCAGAUGAUCCUAUUAGGCUGAAACUUUCAAGGUAGAAACUUCAAUCCAAAACUGAUAAUUGUGUUCGAUCGUUCGAGUUCGAUCGGAUGACAGAAAAAGUACAGAUCACUAAAAGCUCUGAGGUCCAGAACAAAAGUUUAAAACGAAUCUACUUUUCAGCCUGCCGGAACUGUCGGUCAACAACGUGUCUACAUAGCGCCGGACCGCGGCUACCCGAUGCCCCAGAUGGUCCCGGUCCGAGUGAUGCCUUCCGGACAACGAAUGCUCACCGGACAACGUAGACAGGCGCCGGCGCCCGGAACUGUCGCCGCGAUGGUGCUGCCGAACCGGCAGAACGGCGGAGUCGCGCAGAUGAGACCUAUCGGGUAGGCGCCUUUUUUCAAAGUUUUCAAAAGUUUUCAUAGUUUAGCGAACAAACUAAAAAAGAGCUCUAUUGACAAGGGACAAGGAAAAGCCCGGUACAGGCCUUCUGAAGGACUGCCGAGGCCUGGACUUUUGACCGACUUGAUCGGAUCCAAACUUUACAGGCUUCUUGGACUUGGAUUGAAGUAUAUUGGGUCCAAUUAUCUGGUCCCGAGAUACCCUGGUUUGAGGCGUAAAAUGCCCUCUGAUCUGCUUACCAGAUGAUCCGAUCGUUCUGAAACUUGAUUCCAAUAUACUUCUAUCCAAGUUUAAGAAGCCUGCAAAAAUUAGACCGAAUCAGAAAAUUGAAACUGGGUCAAAAGUCCAAGCCUCGGCACGCCUUCAAAAAGCCUGAGCCGGUCUUUUGCGCAGCUCUUAUAUUGACCACUUUUUCGAACUUGUAAAAGUUUCAGACGUGGCGGCUACAACGGUCAGCAACGCAUCAACGUGAUGCUGAGCACGGCGCCGAACAUGCGUCCGGUGGUCGGACAGGGCGUUGGCGGCGGCGGAAUGGGCGGCGCGGGCGGCGUGCGACGGCAACUCGUCGGCCGGCCGCUCAGCCAGAGAAUCGACCCGACGGCGCCGACGGUCGCCCAAGUGGUCGUCGCGCCGCCGACGGGACUGCAGACGGGCGGUGGAGGCGGAGGCGGACCGCCCGUCCUUCACAUGCAAAGAUCCAUCGGACCGACGGCUCCACCACCGGCAGCGGCUCCGACAUCGACGACGUCCGAAACGCCUCAAGGACCUUCUCAGAACAAACCAUAA